AUGUUCGGAGGCGGCAUGUUCGGAAUCUGUUUGCUUCUUGGUAGUGGCUAUCUUGUUUCAGCAAAUAAUGGGAUCGUGACGUCAUCACAGUGUUACUAUGACGUUAAAAUGGUGUCGCCAUUCUCAGAAACAUUCAACAUCACAAGCAGCAGCCGAAGACCAUCCGUACUUUCAUGUUCGUCAUGGUGUUGUCUGUCGAACGCAGACUCCUUCGUCUACUUCAAGGGAAAUGCGUCCUGUGAAUGCAAUGAGGGUAAUUCAGCUGGAUUCGCAAUAGACUCGUCUAAGUCAUCUGGCGUCAUAUAUGGACAAGUGACUCCGAGAAACGAGAUUUCUGAGGAAGGCGGAACAACGAGACAAGACUGCUUGGAGUUCUAUGAAGACGGCUUCCAGACAAACGGAGUUUACCGGAUAACUCCACCAGGCGGGGCGGCGGUGGACGUCUGGUGUGAUAUGGUGGACGGCGGAUGGACGGUGAUCUUAAAGCGACUGGACGGAUCAGAGGACUUCUAUCGAGAUUGGGACGAUUACGCUUCCGGGUUUGGAUACCGCACAGUCGAAUUACAGGCGAGUAUUGGCUUGGAAAGCAUCCACCUCCUUACUGUUCAGGAUUCCUCGCUUAAAGUCUACGCCGAAACCUUCGGCGACGUUACUCCAGCCUCCAUGCACGCGGUGUACGACUCAGUGGAAAUCCAAGACGUUUCCAACCUGUACCGACUAAAACUCAGCGGCUUCACCGGCGAUUGCGGGGACUCUAUGGCGAUGCAUAAUAACAUGCCCUUUUCUACGCUGGACCAAGACAAUGACCCAUUUGCAACAAAUUGCGCAGUUGCGUACACUGGAGCAUGGUGGAAGGACUGUCCGGUGUGCAAACAAAUCAUGUGA